AUGUUCUCGCGCCCCAGCCCCCCCGACUGGGACGCCCGCGUGGACCGCCACAUCGACCUCAUCGAUCUCUGCCUCACCACUGGCAACUACGGCCCCCUGCACGCCAUCAUCGCCCAGAAUGUCGCCGAUGGCUCCGACCCCCUCAACGAGCUCCUCUCCCUGCGGAGCCCCGUCUCGGCCCAGAGCCACCCGUCGGAGAACGACCUCAUGAACGUCGGGCUCGAGCUCAUCCACAGCAUCGAAACCUACUUCGACUCGCAACUCGAUGCUUUCGCGAGCAUCGCCCACAAGCACCCGCGGCAGCCGGAGCGCCUCGAGAAGGCCGCAGAGAAGCUCGUCGACUCCUUCCACGGCCACAACAAGGAAGUGUUUGCCCGCGCCCACGACCAAGGCAAGAACAUCAUCCGCCAGCUGCCGAAGCCAGAACACGAUCCCGCGUCGCGCCUCUUCACCGCCUCGUUCGACUCCCCGAGCAGCGUCGUCGAGCAGCAGAACCGCAUGCUCAAGACCAUCUCCGAUACCGUGUGGAACAAUCCGCGGCGGAUACCCGUGACUCUGACGAGGGCGUUCGCGUCGAACAGAGCGGCGGCGGAUGUGGCGUACAAGUGGGUGAGGAGCAUCUACCAUCACAACCAUUACGGCCAGGGGCACGGGCACGGGCUGUUGAGUGAUGAUGAGGAAGGGUUCGUGAGCGAUGAAGGCGGUAUGGACGUCAUUGACGAUGCGUUGACCGGGCUGGAUCCCGGUGCGGAGCGUCUUUCCUUUCAGCGGACCGAGAGUGGAUGGAAGAUUUGUAAUGUACCUAGCUGA